CAAAUAACCUGGUUAAUAUUUAGCCCACUGCUAUAUUUGAAUGUGCAGCUUUUAAUGGCACAUUCAUUUAGGUAGUGUGCUACAGUUUCCCUAAGACACAGCUCGAAAACAAGCUAGAAAAUGGCGGGGGUGAAUAAGUGCCUCAAAUACUCGAUGUUUGCAUUCAACUUCUUGUUCUGGUUAUGCGGCUGUGUCAUUUUGGGUGUGUCCAUUUAUCUUCGUGUUAGUAAAGAUGCUCAACAGAAACUAAAUCUUGACGGAACUGGUAUAAUGUCAGCAGUAGAUGUACUGAUAGCUGUUGGAGCAAUAAUUAUGGUGCUCGGAUUUUUUGGAUGCUGUGGAGCCAUAAAGGAAAGUCGUUGCCUUCUAAUUCUGUUCUUCAUUGGCUUGCUUCUGAUCCUGGCACUUCAGAUAACAGCGGGAGUUUUGGGAGUUGUCUAUAAACCAAAGAUUGACGCAGCAGUAAACCAGUCUUUGACAGAACUUUUACCAUUACAAGACCAACCACCUGACUUUAAAGAAGCCUUGGAACAAAUCCAGAAAGAGGGUAAAUGUUGUGGUAUUGUUAAAGGAAUUGCGGAUUGGGGGGGUGUUUCUCCUACAUGUAGUUGCAGUACUGCAGUAGACAAAGAUGAAUGUGGGAGCAAUGGAACCUAUAAAAAGACUUGUAAUACUGUAUUCACUGAAUACUUCGAAAAACAUCUCCUCAUCAUCAUUGGAAUUGCAUUUGGACUGGCAGUAGUAGAGCUUUUUGGCCUUGGAUUUUCUAUGACAUUGUACUGCCAAAUAGGAAAGAAAUGAGGAAACGGAUGAGACACUGCAAGCUACCAUAGGAAGUAACCUGAUAGAACACUCCUGCAAGUGCUUUAUGUUAUAAUAUAUGUUCAAUACAAUAAACUGUAGAUAUACCUGA